AUGGAGGGGCUGGUGGGGAGGGCGGUGCGGAAGGAGUUCCCGGGGUUCGGGGUGUUCGGCGGGGUGGUGGAGUCGUACGACGCCGAGGCGGGGUACUUCCGGGUGAUGUACGAGGACGGGGACUCGGAGGAGGUGGAGGUUGGGGAGGUGGCCGGGAUGCUGGUCGGGGAGAAGGUGGUGGUGCCCCCGUUGCCCGAGACGCCGCCCCCCGGGGUGGGCGGGCGGCGGCCGAGGAAGCGGCGCCGUGGGGAUGAGGAGGAGGGUUCCGUCGUGCUGGCUGUCCCCGCGGGGGGUGGGGCGCUGGAUGGCGGCGCGGAGCCCGCGUCGCCGGUGGUGGAGGAGGGGAGUAGGGGUGAGGCUUUAGCGGACGGGGAUGUGGUGACGGAAAUGGUGGAGAGGAAGCGGAGGGUGGUGAGUCCUGGCCCUGAGUCCGGGAGGCCCCUCCGGCGGAGCGCGCGGCAAGCGAAGGCGGCCGCGCUGGCGGCCGAAAUGGAGGCCGCCGCUGCUGUGGCCGCGGCUGCUGAGGCCGAAGCCGAUGCUGCCGAGGCGGCUGCGACCGAGGCCGAGGCUUCUGUUACGCCAACGCAGUCCGGGAGGAAGCGUCGCCGUGCAAACGGGACUGGCAGGUAUCGAUCUGUCGCGAGGGACUUGGAGGACGCUGCGGUGGAGAGGUUGCCUCCAAAGCCCGAGCUUCCGCCGUCGUCGCAGAGUCUUGAUUUGGAAGGUCUCCCUGCUCUUGACGUCUUUCAAGUGUACUCCUGCUUGAGAUCAUUUAGUAGGCAGUUAUUCCUGAGCCCGUUCCCACUGGAGACAUUUGUGGCUGCACUGCGGUGUAUAUAUGUGAACCCUUUGAUUGACUGGGUGCAUUUCGCUCUGCUCCGAGCGAUGAAUAGUCAUCUCGAAGGUCUCGCCAACGAAGGAGACCCUUCUGCAGUGCAUUGCAUCAGGAAUCUUAACUGGGAGCUUUUAGACCUGGCGACUUGGCCAAUCUAUCUUGCUGAGUACCUACUGGCUCGUGGUUCAGAACUGAGGUAUGGCAUGAAGCUUACUGACCUAAAGCUAUUGAAUACAGAGUACUAUAUUCAGCCAGCAACGGUGAAGCUAGAGCUGUUGCGCUUGCUCUGUGAUGAUGUUCUGGAAGUUGAGGCUAUACGUUCUGAAGUUAUUUCAAGGAUGUCUGAGUUGGAUGGGAAUGACGAGCUUUGUAAAAGCACUCGUGUAAGAAGAAAGAGGAGGGUUUCUGUAGUCAGUGACCUAGUAAAUUCUUCUCCGACUCCAGAAGAUUCCAGUGACACUGAAGAUGGUAACAGUGAUGAAUGUUAUCUCUGUGGCAUGGAUGGUAACUUGUUAUGUUGUGAUGGCUGUCCUGCUGCGUUUCACUCUAAAUGUGUGGGAGUGGUGGAGGACCUAUUGCCUGAAGGUGAUUGGUUCUGUCCGGAGUGUUUGAUACAGAAGAAAGAUGGAUUAAAAAAUAUCGUAAAGCUAGGAAGAGGAGCUGAGGUUCUGGGAAUUGAUCCACAUGGUCGGCUAUACUUUGGCAGCUGUGGUUAUAUUUUGGUGGUUGAGCCAACUGCUGUGGACUCUCUGGACUCUCCAUGUCAUUACUAUGGCCAUUUUGAUCACCGUUCCAUUUUUAGUGUGCUAAUUCCAUGCCAUCCCUCGUACAGUUCAAUCAUUAAUGCUAUAUCUUUGUUUUGGGGCACUGCAAUUGAGUCUUUUGAUUUCAAUUGUCAACAUGAGCUUUUGUUGCCAUCGAAGCAACAGACAGAACAUGGGCAGCUCAAGUCACAAAAGAAUGGCUCCUGUGAACAAUUGGCUUCUGGAAAAGCUUGUGCCUCAGAUCCAGAUCAGCUGGGUCCUGAUGUUUGUUCUUAUGCUAAUGGGUUGCUUGUGGAGAAUCUGAAAGAUCACUCACCUCACAAAAAGAUAAGUGAUUGCUGUAUCUAUUCAGACCCUGCUAUGUAUAUAAACUACUAUAGCUUUGGUCAAAUAGCAGCAUCAGCUGCUGAAGAGUUAAAGGACAGGCUGUUGGAAAACAAAGAAGGAAAGAAAGCUGGUCAGGAUGCAGCUUCAUUCCAGCUAAAAACAAUAUGUAAGAAAUAUGCUAAUAUUUUUGCUCUGACUGAUCAAAAGCUAUCUGUAGAACUGAGAAAGGAAAAAUGUGGCUGGUGCAACUCCUGCCAAAUCAGUGGCGGUGUUGAUUGCAUUUUCAGAGUCACCGAUGGCAAGUGCAUGAAAGGUCUUCGGUUAGAAAAGAAUAAGAAAAGUCAUAUUAAUCUUGCCAUGCAUAUCAUCUUGUCAAUUGAAGAACGGGUAAAUGGUUUGCUGAUUGGUCCAUGGAAAAAUCCCCAAUUUAGCAUGUAUUGGCGUAAGACAGUUCUGAAGGCUUCAGAUGUAUCAUCAUUGAAGCGCCCUCUCCUUAUGUUGGAGUCCAGUCUGCGACAUGUUGCCUUUUCAGUCGAAUGGCAAAAACCAGCAGACUCUGUUGAAGUUGUUGGGUCUGCAGCUCAUGUCUUGGUUCGUACAUCUAAUAAAUCUUCAAGACAUGGAAGCGCUAGAAAGCCAGGGAGAAAGCCAUCUAAUGUUGAACUCAAAGUUGACUCUCGUGAUGUUGGUAUUUAUUGGCGGAGGGGUGGGAUAUUGUCUCGUCAAGUGUUUCACUGGAAGAGGUUGCCUCAGUCCUUGGCACAUAAAGCUGCUCGGCAAGCGGGACGAAUUAAAAUUCCAACCAUAUUAUAUAACGAUGGUUCAGAGUUUGCCAGGAGGUUCAAAUACAUAGCUUGGCGAGCUGCUGUGGAAAUGGCAGAAAACAUGGCCCAGCUCAUUUUGCAGAUCAAAGAGCUUGAAUUUAAUAUCAAGUGGUCUGAGAUAUUGAGCACUCUCCCUGCUAGCCUUGCAACAAAAGAAACCCAGAAAAUAGCACGCCUUUUCAAGAAAGUUAUAGUUCGCAGAAAGCGUGUAGAAGGAACAAAUGUGGAAUAUCUACUUGAUUUUGGGAAGAGGGAGAAUAUUCCUCCAGUUGUUGCUAAACAUGGAAUAAAACUUGCCGAGCCCUCUAGUGAGAGGAACAGAUACUGGUUAAGCGAAGGGCAUGUCCCUCUGAGUCUUUUGAAGUCAUAUGAAGCUAAAGCAUCAACCCGCUUACUGAAAAAGAAAGAUAUUGAUCACAUUCCAAAGAAGAUGAUUGAUUUAGAACCCCCAAAGCCAAAAAAAUCAGGAUUUGAUUAUCUCCUAGAAAAAGCAAAAAAACAAGUCCUUGGGCUCUGUGGUCAUUGUGACAAAGAAGUAAAUACCAGUGAUGCUGUGAACUGCCAGUAUUGUGCAGCACUUUUCCAUAAAAAGCACUUCAAGGUACCUAGAGGUGCUACUGAUGCUUAUUAUGUUUGCAACAAGUGCCUAGCUGAGAAAGUCUUGAAGGUGAAGUCUCUACAGAAAAAGGCUGUAUCAAAGAAGACCUCUCCGAAAAAGAAGCCAAAGAAGCAAUCACGUAAGAUUGUAACAAGAAGAAAACAAUUAGUCUUCAAAUUCAAGAAGAUGGGGAAGAAUAAGGGCAAGCGUGGCCGACCUAGAAAGUACCCGUUGAAUGAGUCAAAGAAUGAGUUGCCAGAGUUGCCUGUGAAUGAACUAGCCAAUGUGCCCAAUAAUGAGCCAACAAAGCGUAUAUCAAAACGAUUAUAUAAUAAGUAUAUGAAAGGCAAUUCAAAUAUAUCUGAGCAUGCAGCAAAGAAGAGGAGGACUGCUUCUCAUUAUUCAUACUGGCUAGAUGGCCUUCGGUUGACACAAAACCCAAAUGAUGACCGGGCAAUAUCUUUUAGAGAAGAAAGAGUUGUUUUUCCAUGUGAAGAUGCUGAACUAUCUGAAGUUUCUCCAGUGUGCCGUCUAUGCCAGAAAUGCUACAAUGGAGAGUCUAUUUAUAUUUCUUGUGAAGACUGUGAGGAUUGGUUCCAUGGAGACAUCUAUUCUGUUACCCUUGAGAAUGUCAAUAAUCUCAUAGGGUUUAAGUGCCAUAGAUGCCGUUUGAGAGAUGUACCUAUUUGUCCGCAUGUACAGACAGAUGAAAUUCUUAUGGCUCAAUCAGACAAGGAAGAUGACAUUAGCAUAUCUGCAGAGGACAAGGAAGACAUGUGUCCAACAGAUCUGGGUGCCCAUGAUAGUCUGAAAGAGUCCUGUGGUCAUUUCAUCGAGAAAGAGGUCGAUGAUCAUAGUAUUGAAAAGGAGGAUGACGAUCAUAGUAGUUUGCAGGUGCUAGAAGAUCACAAUGAAAAGAAAGAGCUCGACAGUCAUAACACUGAGAAAGAGCUCGAUGAUCAUGAUUAUCUAACAGCGCUAGAUGAUCAUAACAAGAUGAAAGAGCUUGAUGGCAAUAUGGAGGUGCUCUUUAAUUAUAACAGUACAGAGGUGCUUGAUAGUACUGAAGAUAGCAAACUUGUAGAUGGAGAAGAACAAUGUCUACAUGAGCUGAACAAUCAUAACAGUCUGAAAGAGUCUGACAACCAUGUCAGUUUGAAAGAACUUGAUAAUCAUGACCACCAAAAAGAAUGCAAUAAUCAAAAUAGUCCAAAAGAGUUUGAUAAUGACGGAAGUUCACAAGAGCUUGAUAAUCAUAAAAGUCCAGAAGAGCUUGAUAAUCAUAUAAGUCCGAAAGAGUUUGGUUGUACCGAAGGCAAUGAACGCUCUGCUGCAGUGACACAGAUGGAUGAUUUUCUUGAUGAACAUUUCAACAUUAGGAUAUCUGGCAAAGAAGAACUGACCAUAUCAUCAGAAAGUGGUCCAAUAAAGGAAUCUAUUGCUUUGCAGUCCAAGAAGAAUUCUGAGGAUAAUCCUGUUCCUGACGAGCAUGACAUUGAUCUUCAUGUGGUGGUGACUUUAUAGGGUAUAAGGACAUCCAAAAGAAAACUAUAUCUCUGGCAUGUGCAAUGACUUUCCCUCUUCUACUCAACCUUUUGCUGCUGUUCUGGUACAAAGUUCUGCUGACUAGUGGUGUGGGUUGUCAAUCUGCCUCACAACUUAUAUUAUUUGUGCUAUAGGAUGUUACAUUAGUCGUGCAACCCAAUAAUAAUCUACAAAAAGGGUAAAUGCUACUUUUGUGGAUUAUUCAAUUUUUUUGUGGUUUUCUUUUGGAUUUAUGCUGAUCUGACAUGCCAAGCGGUGAAAUUAUUGAGUAUGACAUGCAAUAAGGAUAUAUCCGGUACAACAUUCUCGGUAGGGCUGACAUAGAGAAUAUUUGGGGUGCAUUUACCUUGCUAUGCUUCACUCUUCUGGUCAGAAUUUGGAUUCCAUCUGCACUUUACUGGGAUUCUUGCAUUAAUUGAGAUAUCUUCCAAUUGAACCGGCCAGUUUUCCAUUGCUGUGUGCUAACAUAUGUCUAAGGAAGUAGAUGGAUGAUGAAGCCACCGCUGUUGAUGUGGAGCAUUGAGGAGGCGUUCCCUUUCACCAUGGUUUCCCUUGGCCGUUCGUAGAUAGAGUACCAGCAUUGAAUAGGCUUACAGGCAUCUCUGAUGAUUUAUUCGUUCUGAUUGCUAGUAACAGUCCGUUGCAAACAGUAGUUGUAUAUGCUGCAAAAGGAAUUUAUCUUUCUUCGAUUUUGUAUAGGGUUCCAUUAGGGCAACCAAAAAAAAAAAAUUAUAGGAACAAACUUCACCAGUUGCACCAGAUGUAUACAAUGCAGUUUUACCGUA